AUGACUAUGCAUUCUUUUCUCACUCUUAUGUUUAUUUCUCUUUCUUGUUUCAUUAUUUCUAUUUCUCAAGCAAUAAACAAUGGCUUUAGUGUUGAACUAAUUCAUCGUGACUCAUUAAAGUCUCCACUCUAUCAACCUACACAAAACAAAUACCAGCGUGUUGCUAGUGCCUUGCGUCGUUCAAUCAAUCGGGUCAAUCACCUCACUAAUACACCAAAAUCUACUGUAAUUCCUGCUAGCGGUGAGUUUCUUAUGGAAUAUUCAGUUGGUACCCCACCGUUUAAGAUAUAUGGUGUUGUUGAUACCGGUAGUGACAUUGUUUGGCUUCAAUGUAAGCCUUGUGAACAGUGUUACAACCAAACCACUCCUAUAUUUAACCCUUCAAAAUCAUCAAGUUACAAAAACAAUAUUCCUUGCAUGUCUAAAAAGUGUAAAUCUUUUGAUUCUCACUCUUGUAGUAAAAAAAAAUCUUGCUUAUAUACUAUUACGUAUGGUGAUGGGUCAAUAUCACAAGGAGAUCUUAGUGAAGAAACUCUUACAUUAGAUUCCACCUCCAACUCUUCUUUUUCAUUUCCAAAAAUUCUGAUAGGUUGUGGACAUAAAAAUACAUUGUCAAUUCAAGGUCAAACCUCUGGGGUAGUGGGCCUUGGAUUUGGACCUUUGUCUCUUAUAACACAAUUGGGUUCAUCAAUUGGUGGAAAGUUCUCUUAUUGUUUGGGGCCAGAAUCAUCCAACUCGACGAGCAAACUCAAUUUUGGAAACGCUGCUGUGGUUUCUGGUCACGGAGUUGUGUCAACUCCGUUAGUGAAAAAAGAUUCAUCAAUUUUUUACUAUCUAUCAUUGGAAGCAUUUAGUGUUGGAAACAAAAGAGUAGAAUUUGUAGAGAAUUCAAAUGGUGGUGUUGAUGGUAACGUCUUUAUUGAUUCAGGUACAACAUUGACGAUGUUACCAUAUGAUGUUUAUAAUAAGUUGGAAUCAGCUGUGGUAAAAUUGGUUAAACUGAAGCGUGUUAACGAUCCACAUGGUUUGUUGAAGCUUUGCUAUUUUGUUACAUCAGAUAAAUAUGAUUUUCCUAUAAUCACAGCACAUUUUAAAAAUGCAGAUGUUAAGUUACAUCCUAUUGGCACCUUUGUACCUAUAGUCGAUGGGAUAAUGUGUUUUGCUUUUGCCUCAACUCAAAACACUAACAUCGGCAUCUUUGGGAACCUGGCUCAACAAAACUUGUUGGUUGGUUAUGACCUUCAACAAAACCUUGUGUCAUUUAAGUCUACUGAUUGUACUAAACCGUAUUGA